CCCCGGGUGAGGCAAGAGCGGCGGGGCCGCAGCGGGACCUCCUCCCUUUUCGCUCCUGCCUCGCUCGGUGCUGUGCUCGGUGCCUCACUCGGUGCUCCCGGUGGCUCAAGGCGGCGCGGCGGGAGACUCGGACUCGGCCCCACCCGGAGGAUCCCAGAGAUGGCGAAGUACACAAGAGGCACCGUGACAGCCUUCGCUCCUUUUGAUGCCAGAGCUGAUGCAGAAGCCCUUCGUAAGGCCAUGAAGGGAUUGGGGACUGAUGAAGAAACUGUGCUGACGAUCCUCACCACCAGAAACAAUGCUCAGCGUCAAGAAAUAGCUUCUGCCUUUAAAACCUUAUUUGGCAGGGAUCUUGUGGAUGACCUGAAAUCAGAACUUACUGGCAAGUUUGAAACCUUGAUGGUGUCUCUGAUGAGACCAGCGUAUAUUUUUGAUGCUCAUGCACUGAAGCAUGCCAUCAAGGGAGCAGGAACCAAUGAGAAAGUGUUGACUGAAAUUCUUGCCUCCAGAACACCUGCAGAAGUGCAGAAUAUUAAACAGGUUUAUCAGCAAGAGUAUGAAGCUGACCUGGAGGAUAAGAUCACAGGGGAAACAUCAGGCCAUUUCCAGAGGCUGCUGGUGGUGCUGCUGCAGGGGAACAGAGAUCCUGAUGCUGGAGUUGAUGAAGCUCUUGUUGAGCAGGAUGCUCAGGUUUUGUUCAGAGCUGGGGAGCUGAAGUGGGGAACAGAUGAAGAAAAGUUCAUCACUAUCUUGGGAACCCGCAGCGUUUCCCACUUGAGGAGGGUGUUUGACAAGUACAUGACCAUUUCUGGCUUCCAGAUUGAAGAGACCAUUGACCGGGAGACCUCUGGUGAUUUGGAGAAGCUGCUUCUGGCUGUGGUGAAAUGCAUCCGAAGUGUGCCUGCCUAUUUUGCUGAGACCCUGUAUUAUUCCAUGAAGGGGGCUGGCACUGAUGAUGACACCCUGAUCAGAGUCAUGGUUUCCAGAAGUGAAGUUGAUCUGCUGGAUAUUAGACGAGAAUUCAGAAAGAAUUUUGCAAAAUCAUUGUAUCAAAUGAUUCAGAAAGACACGUCCGGGGACUACAGGAAAGCGCUGCUGCUCCUCUGCGGCGGAGACGACGACUGAUGGGCCGGGGACACGCAGCUCUCCUUGUACUCCAGCUUUGCAGCCCUUCAUUAGCAUGUCUGCCUGAGGUUUUGUAUCUUAAUGCUUUGUGGCUGCUCGAAUUUAUACUAGGAUUGCACUUAGUAAAAAGGAGCGCAUUGUUAUCCCUUCUCUUCCCCAUGUCCCACCUUCCAGGAAUUUCAAGUGCCUUCUGUGAUCUGCGAGUCACCUUCAUGGAAGGUGGGUGCUGAGCACAGAGCCCAGUUCUUUACAGGUGUUUUGCUGAAAUAGGAAAAAAUAAUCAUGUAUUUCACAAUAAAUUCAAGAUGAUCCUUUUUUGGUGUUUAUUCCUUACAUUUCCAUUGAGUCUUAAGCUAGUUCUAACGUGGCAAGUGAGGAAAUCCUUUGUAUGUAAUAUUGGAAUGAAUUUGCUGAACAUAUUACAAGCAGUCAUUGGAAAUCUGAAGGACCAAUAAAUUUUUCCCCUCUCAUCACA